UGCACGCACGUACUCAUGCCGCCGGACCUCCGCCACUGUAGCUCUGUGGGAAACCGAGCUGCGGCGAACAGCUUCUCCGCCGUCGUCGAUGGCUACCGUGGCCGCCACCGAGAACGCCUCCGUUGCUUCUGUAUCGCCGACGAAUCGGGGUCUCAUCACCUUCGGAAAUACAAGAUGAUUGUGUCGUUUUUACUCCUUUUCGUAAUGGUUUCAGCGGUUUCAGUUUUCAACCGAUUUAAUAAUACACCCUAUUUAUGCAACAAGGAAGGCAUGACUCUUCAUUGUCCACGGGUUAAGGAGCCUCCUUCAUUAUGGGAGAAUCCUUAUUCUGCCACAACUUCAUGGAAGGCUUGUGCUGAACGACGUGAGGGCAUAACUUCAGAUCUUCCUUCCGAAAAUGAAACAAAUGGAUACAUAUAUAUAGUUGCUGAGGGUGGUUUAAACCAGCAGAGAAUUGCUAUAUGCAAUGCUGUUGCAGUGGCAAAGCUAAUGAAUACUACCCUUAUUUUGCCAGUGUUAAAACAAGAUCGGAUAUGGCAAGACCCAACUGAGUUUGAGGACAUAUUUGAUGUUGAUCAUUUUAUUGACUAUUUAAAGGACGACGUGCGAAUUGUUCGUGAUAUACCCAGUUGGUUUAUUGACAUACCAGAAUUGUUAGGAGACAUAAGGCGUACAGUAAAGAACAUUCCCAAAUAUGCUUCAGCACAGUUUUAUCUGGAUAAUGUUUUGCCAAGAAUAAAGGAGAAGAAGAUAAUGAUGUUGAAACCGUUUGUUGAUCGACUUGGGUACAAUAAUGUUCGUCCUGAGAUAAACAGGUUGAGGUGCAGGGUGAACUAUCAUGCUCUGAAAUUUCUUCCAGAGAUUGAGCAAAUGGCUGAUCAAUUGGUCUCAAGGAUGAGAAACCGCAACGGCAGCUCAAAUCCUUUCAUGGCACUACAUUUAAGGUUUGAGAAGGGGAUGGUGGGCUUAUCAUUCUGUGAUUUCGGGGGAACAAGGGUGGAGAAGACUCUCAUGGCUGAAUAUAGAAAGAAUGAAUGGCCUGAACGAUUCAAGGAUGGCUCACAUUUGUGGCAAUUGGCACUGCAGAAGAGGAAGGAGGGGUGGUGCCCUCUCGAGCCGGGUGAAGUUGCACUUUUGCUUCGAGCAAUGGGGUAUCCUAAAGAAACUCAAAUAUAUGUUGCUUCUGGCGAGGUGUAUGGGGGAGAAAACAGCAUGGCGCCACUCAAAAACAUGUUCCCCAAUCUUGUUAGAAAGGAGGAAUUAGCAACAAAAGAGGAGUUGGAUGGUUUGAGGAAACAUAUGACAAUGUUGGCAGCCCUAGACUUCCUGGUUUGCCUGAAAUCAGAUGUUUUUGUGAUGACACAUGGAGGGAACUUUGCGAAACUGGUAAUUGGGUAUAGAAGGUACAUGGGUCACACCCAGAAAUCUAUUAAACCAGACAAGAAUCUCAUGUCCAAAUUCUUAGGUGACCCAUACAUGGGAUGGGCUACCCUAAAAGAUGAUGUUGUGAUUAGUCACAGGACAAGGACUGGAUUGCCUGAACAAACCUUCCCAAACUAUGAUAUAUGGGAGAACCCUUUGACUCCUUGCAUGUGCAAAGCCUGAUUCCACAACUUCAUCAACAUCAUACAAACAAACGAGGAUACCACAAUUUGAAAGUGUAAAUAUAAAAAUCAUAGUUAGAUAGUGUUUGGUUUGCAAUUUUUUAAAAUACAAUUAUGGAAUUUGAUUACU